CAAGAUGGCGGCGGGGCCGGGCUCGGAGCGGAAGCUGGUGCAGCAGGACGAGCUGCGGCGGCUCAUGCGGGAGAAGCAGCGACAAAGCGCCGGGAAGAAGCGAAUCGAGGCGCCGUUCGCUAAAUAUAAUCGUUUAGGGCACUUAAGCUGUACGUUGUGCAACACCCAGAUUAAGGGUGAACUUUUGUGGCAAACACACAUACUAGGGAAACAACACAAAGAGAAAAUUGCAGAGUUAAAAGGUGCUAAACAGACAGUGCCUGGGCCUACAAUUAGCAUAUCAUCAUCUCAUCCUGCCAAAAGAAAAGUUUCUGACACAGAAAACCAAGAAGUAAAGAGAACAAAAGGUUCAGAUGACCAGCCACAGACUUCUGCGUCUGGGCUACCCACAGAUUUUUUUGAUAAAGCAGAGCAUGCAGAUACAAAAGCAUUGCCUUCAAAGGGUCCAGGUCCCAGUUUACUGACAGGAGAUUAUGAUGAUGAGGAGGAAGAGGAAGAAAAAGACAAUACUAGCAAACUACCCGGUGUGCAAAAAAUUGAAAUUCCACCCACAGCUCAAGAAACAGUAGCUAAUGCUCUACCAGCAGAUUUCUUUGACAACAAAACGACAGCUGCUCCCAUAGUCUCCCAUUCAGGGUCCAUUCAGAAAGCGGAAGUUCAAGAAAAGGUAGUGGAAAGGAAAGAAAACACUGCAGAAGCUUUACCAGAGGGAUUCUUUGAUGAUCCUGAGGUGGAUGCAAGAGUGCGAAAGGUUGAUGCUCCGAAGGAUCAGAUGGACAAAGAGUGGGAUGAAUUUCAGAAGGCGAUGCGACAAGUCAACACAAUUUCAGAAGCAAUAGUGGCAGAAGAGGAUGAGGAGGGACGUUUGGAUCGUCAGAUUGGAGAAAUUGAUGAGCAGAUUGAAUGUUACCGCCGUGUUGAGCUGCUGCGUAACCGCCAGGAUGUAAUGAAAGAUAAAUUUAAGGAAGCCAUGAGAUUAAGAGCAAUCCAGGAGAAAGAGGAUGAGGAUAUUGGUAGUGAAGAUGAAGGAGAAUUGCAGGAUUUGCUGUCUCAAGACUGGAGAGUGAAAGGGGCUUUGUUGUAGCAUUUCAGUGGCAUGCUCAAUAUUCUGUUGAUCUGUGGUAUUACUUUUUAUCAGAAGACAUUUUUGUUAAAAUAUUUAUUUUUAAGAAGGAUUUUGCAGAUCCUAAUGAGGUUAACUGUAAAAAGUUUGUCCAUAUCUCUGUAGGUCUAAAAUGGAGUAUUAUUUUGUGUAAAGGUUGUACAUUGUAAAUGUUUUACAAGUUUGAAUAUAACUUUCCUAUUAAAAUUAUUAUUAUAAUUUCCUACUAAAAUUAUUUUAAUGAGCAAGUAAUUUUAUAGUCAAUAUAGACGUCUGGGAGUGUAACAUAUACUAAAUCAGUGCUUUGAGUUGUCCUGUGCUGUAAUUCAUACCACCCAAGAUGACAGUGUAUAGUGUUCUUUCAGAUAGGAAACUCUGCUUUAUCCAGGAUGUUUUAGAAGUUACUAGUAAAAUGUAGUGUCGGUCGUCCAGUGUUUCACUCUUUCAUAUGAAAAUGACCUAAGAAUCCAGAAACAUUGAGCAACAGAUUAUGGAGAAGUUGUUAUACUCUGAUCUCCUGCCAUGCUACAGUGGGCAUGCAUGUUGCAGAAGAUCGUGCUGGACUCAAUUUGUUGUUUUCGUUAAUGUAGCUACAGAUUGGAACAUGUGUGAAAACUCUUGAGCAGAGGGAUGAAAUGGGUAUGCAACUUCGAGCACUGCACUGGAAGCCUAGGUGGCGUUGGAAGAAUAACUUCAAAAUAAACCUAAUUUAUUUUAGUUGUAAAUAUUGGAAGCUUUCAAGGAAGCCUUGGAAUUCAGUUUUCUUUCUCUCAAGUGUGCAAAUGGGUAAAUAACUUUAAAAUGUUAAGAACCAGUGAACAGGACAAAAUUGAGGUAACAUAAAAGGGGAGCAAGAAAUGUACUGAGAUUCAGUAUGUACUGGCUAAAUUAGAGCCAGAUUCUAUUUUUUAAAAAUCAUAUGCUCUUUUAAGCUUUGCAAGCCCCCAAAGCCCUCAGAUUUACUGAGCUAGCAAGAACUUCUGAAAAUCUGAAUGGAUUUUUCAGUUUGAUCCCAAGAAGUAGAGUUGUGGAAAGACAGCUUAUUCUUUUUACCCCAGGUUUUGGAAAAGGUUUGUGUUUGGAAAUAUAUUACAAGGUUGGUUUGGAAAGGAAGAAAAAAAGGAAUAGUGAGAAUAAUCUUACCAUACAAUUAAUUUAAGUCAGUCUGGGUACAGGUUAUAUCUACUGAUCACCAUAGUGUUUUAUUAAGGGAAAAAAUGUUAUUGCUCACUAAAGGUAGAUGUGACUUAUAUAGCAUCUUUCACAAUCAACAUUCUGUGUGAGAACUGUUGCCAGAUUUUCUUGACCCUACUUUACUUCUCCUACUUUACGUAUUCCAGCCAUGUGUUUAUAAUAAAGUUGUGAAAAGUAAAAUUCAUACAGUGCUUAACAGAACAGUAGAUCACUGUGUUCUGACCACAUAUACUGGUCUACAUGCUUGAUAUUUUUUGCUCAAUUUUGUAAUAAGUACAAAAAACAAGCACAACCAAUACUUCUAAAAAAAUUUCAAGUAUAACUUUGCAACUAAUGAUCUCUGUCAUUGGUAAUAUCCAGAAAUUUGGCAAAAGUGGUUUCCAAGUGUCACUGACUUAUAAAUAAAAACAUUCAAAAACUAGAAGAACAAAUCUUGAACAGAUUGGCAAGUUACUAAUUUAACUGUCAAAGAAUAAACAUGGCAGUGUAUUACUUUGAAUUUCAGUAUUACUGGAUGCAUAUGGUACUGCAAUGAGUGAAAUAGUGAGAGUAGCUCCCCUCUUGUUUAGGAAUGGAAGUUCCUGCUCAGAAAGAUGGAGGCAAUGGGAAUAUUUGUUUAAUGACUGGUAGUCUUUGCUGUUUUCUGUAAAAUCCAGUUUCCUUCAUUUUCCAUAAAUUCUGGGAAGUGUCUGAUGUACAAUUUCCCCACUGCAUACUCUUUCCCCCAACCUCCCCACUAGUCCACCAAGGAGAGCUGCACAGACUCUUAAUUCUGAUAUUAGAGAGACAAGGUGGGUGAGAUAAUAUCUUUAAUUGAACCAACUUCUGUUUAGUGAGAGACAUAAGCUUUUGAGCUUACAAGGAGCUCUUCUUCAGGUCUGGAAAACUUAGAGUGUUACAGUUAAAUAUAAGGUGGAAUAGAUUGUUUAGCAUAAAUAGUUAACAUGCAUUUCAAGGGAACAUUGAAAGGUUAACUAUGCUAAACAAUCUGUUCCACCUUAUAUUUAACUGUAAUACUCUGAUUAAGGCCUGGUCUGCACUACAGUUAGGUUGACAUGAGCUACUAAGUGUUUACUACACUAACAUCAGUGGGAGCUACAUUUAACUCACCCACUACAUCACAGCAGCAUCGAUCCCUGGUAAGUGUAGAUAUGGCAUCAAUAACUGCACCUCCAUGAGAGGCGUAGAGCUUAGGCCAAUGUAGUUAGGUUGAUGCAGUGUCAGUGUAGUCACUGCGUGGCUUACAUCUACUGUUGCUGCCUUUCAGAAGCUGUGCCACAACGUUCCACAGUGACAGUUACAUCGGUGCAAGGGCUCCUGGUGAGGACGUGCACCGCCAACACAAGAAGAGUAGUGUGGACAUGCAAAAGUGAUUUAAUUACUGCAGCGGCUGUACUUCAACAUAAUUUAGGUUGACUUGCCUUCAUUUUGUAGUGUAGACUUUCCCUAAGUUUUCCAGAUCUGAAGAAGAGCUCUGCGUAGCUUAAAAGUUUGUCUCUCUCACCAACAGACGUUGUUCCAAUAAAAGAUAUUACCUCCUCUCUGUAAUAUCCUGGGACUGACAUGGGUACAACACUGCCUAUUUCUAAUAUGUUAAUACUUACCAGAAGUAGGUUGAAGCCAGCACACCAGUUUCUGGUUGUCUUGUAUUUAGACAACCAAAAAUUUUUGUAUGUCCUCUUCAGUUCCCUCAAUGGGGUCUAGUAUGUUUCAAAGGACUGAUUUGGGAUUUGAUUAAGGGCCAGUAUUGUCAUUGGUCUUAACAUUCUGAUCAGAGAAAGUGGAACAGACCUGGCUGAUUCUAAAGACAGAGUGCAUAGAGAAACAUGAAUGUACACUUCAUUUUUAUAACUGAAAUUAUUUUGCAUGUCUAACUUUAUAAUUUUGUGGGCUUCAGUUUUCUUCAUUUUGUGCACGUUUGAAGAAUAUUUAUUUUUUUACUGUAUGUGAGGAAUUGGGAAGGGAAAUUAACAUUAAAAACAGUACAGCUAGCAAAGUCUCUCUCAUCUUCAUGAUUGUUUAAUUGGGGGAAGCUAGAGAGUCAGUAUUUACCUUUGGAAUCGGAAUACUACUGCAUUUUAAUGCAAUCUUUUAAAUUGUUCUUUUAGAAUAAACCUACUUUCCCAUCCUUGUUAGCGGUCAGAACUAGAACAGAUUAGUGCACUUAGAUCAAGGAUAUUAACUAAACAAAUUGUCAUCUUUUGGGUAUUAUGAAUGCUUGGCAAGCCUGUCCAGUGAGCCAAAGGACUGUUCUAACCGCUCUUUGUUUCUUAAUGUUGUAUGAAUUUCUUCCUCUUUAAGUAAUAGAUAAUGAACCAAUCAAUGCCAUCAUGCAUAUUGACAGACUGAAAUUACUGCUGUAUUUGACAGCAUUGAUUCCUAUUGAUUUUCCAUUUAGGAAUGAAAAUUGGCCAGUAUGUCUUUUUCUUGAACGGACAGUCUCUUAGGAGAUCCAUCAUUCAUAGAAACAACUGCCAUACAAGACACAUUCUCAAGGAAAAUAAUGGGACAAGAGAAGUUGUUCAGUACUUCAGAGCUUACUUAGAAAGUUUCUAGAAAAGAGGUCUAUUGUGGUGAUGCUAACAGUCACCUCACUGGCUCUGUCCUGUAACUGGAAUGUUUAUCUAUGAGUGUGCCAGCAAGGCAGAAAUCAAACAUCCUUUUUAGCAGAGCCUUGUAACAGAAGUGGCCUUGAGGGCUGUUGGGAGAAGGUAACUCUCCCAACUUACCAAGCUGUAGAGCUGAUACAAUAAUGAAAAGUGACUUAAUGUAUCUGGGAAGAUAACCAGCACAGUUUACAUGAGUUUGCUUUACCCGCACUGUUAGGUUACUCAUAAAAUGGUGCCUCUCUAUUUGCUGCUACACUGUAAGUCGUACGUUUCCAGGUCAUGAUUAUUCAAAGGGAAGAGGUGUGGCGGUUUCGAGCCUAUUGCUUUCCCAACACAACUUAAGUUUAGAACUCGAGAAGGAGCUCCAGGGACUAACCCUGUCUAACCAAAAUCAUGUGUUUCACUUGGGCAGUGAAAUAUGGAAUAUUUCAGCUGUGUAGAGAGAUGUCUGAGCUCCAUUACAUGUCUGAAUAACAUUAAAAAAGGGGGAAGCAUGAUAUAGGUAAUCAUUAGUAAUAUUUGGAUUGUGGUAAUGCCUCCAGACCCAGUAAAGGAUUUGGGGCCCAUUGUUCUUGGCACUGUCUCUGUUUUCUUGUGUGCAUUCAUCAAUAUACAUAGUCAUCCCUACUCCAAAAGAUCUUACAAUCUAAGAUUAUAUUGUACUAACAAAGGCCUGUUCUCUAAAGCAAUACAUGUAAUUUUCAAUCUUGUUACGUAGUCAUGGGAAGUGGGAAAAGUAAAAUAAAGUCUAAGUUUUUGAUAUGGACAAAAUGAGAACACAGCCUCCGCUCAGGAUGAGCCAGACGCUGCCUCGUCAUAUUCCCGUGUAGUUUGCCUGCAUGUUCAUCUUCUCAGGAACUGAUAGUUGAGUUAAAACAGCAGCUUUAAUGAGAGCCAGUUAGUUUACCACUACUAUUAAUUCUCUCCAGGCUUGAUCAUGUUUUCUUUCCAAUUGACGCCAAUCCUUUUAUAAUAAAGGAAUAUUUCCAUUGGAAAUACCAUUGAAAACAUAGUGACUUAAAUCUAACAAUUUAAAAAACGUGUCAAAACUAAAUGAUUUGACUGUUUUGAUACUUUUCUCCAUGGUUUUUUGGCUGAAAAUAGUUGUUGAAUUAGCAAAUAGUUUUGGUCAACACAAAAUUGUAUUUUUCAGCAAAUAAACUGUUAGCCUGAAAUAUUUUGCCUAGCUCUGCUAUGGAGCAACGGGACACUUUUAUUUUACCACAUUGAAUUCUUGUAUAAAGUCUUAUACAUUUUCCAAAACCUACAAUGUUAAAAUUAACAGCUCUGUUUUAGAAACUUUGGACUUUGGUUAAACUACUAUUUUCCUCAGUGAGGAUGUUGGUAUAAAUGGAGUCAAGUAUCAGAGGGGUAGCCGUGUUAGUCUGGAUCUGUAAAAAGCAACAGAGAGUCCUGUGGCACCUUAUAGAUUAACAGACGUAUUGGAGCAUAAGCUUUCGUGGGUUAAUACCCACUUCGUCAGACACAGGACUCUUUGUUGCUUGGUAUAAAUGGAGUACAGUAGCAAAUAAGAUUAUUACUCAGGACGAGAUUGAAAUGCAUUGGUAGACCUGUGUGGAGAAACUUUCCCAGCAUCUGCAUGCAUUUAAUUUUUCAUGAAUCACUUCUAUAUUCAUUUUUCACAUUCAUGAAAAUGGACCUCACUUACAUAUUGGUGCGGGAAAGACAUGUGGGCAUCAAAGGCAUGAAAUUAGCAAUGGACUGACAGAGACACCACUGAAAGUCAUUUGUGGGAAGAAAAUCAGUGGGGAUUAAAGCAAUUUAUGUGAAAACAAUGCACAUUUUUACAGAAAAGUUCUAGCCUCUGUAUAUAAAUGGCCACUAGUGUAGGAAGGUCUUGUAUGUAGUUUACAUUGACAGCAAGAGAGAUCCCAAAGUUACUGACAAGCCUACCUCGGACUCAGCAGAUGGAAGAAUUGUUGCUAGAGCCGUACCUGAAGAAAGUUAAGUAAGAAUGGUACUGUACUGUGGAUCUAGUUACUUCAGAUUUACAAGGCAUAGUUUAACUAAUUUGUAUCAUUGAUUGUAUAAAUAAUAUAGACCUCUCAAACAUAUUUCAGUGGACUUUUUUAAAAUAAAUUUUUCAUCUGAAGUCUGGUGUUCAUUAUAGCAUUGUGCUAGUAAUAAUAUAACUAAGGAAUAGAUUUCUAAAUUACAGUUGGAGUCAAAUUUUUCACGAUUAAAUGAAAUUUUAUGCUCAGAUUAACAGAGUGGGGGUUUAGGAAGGAUGGCUUAAAAAAAAUCAGUGUGGCUGAUUUUAAGUUACUGCUUGUGCAAUAAAACAUGCUAUUCAACUUUUAAUACAAGUUCCAGUUCAUUAGUUUUUAAAUUAGCCUGGAUUUCAAACU